UAACUUGACUUUCUAUAUCAGUAAACGUCCGACCCUUGAAGGAAUUCAGUUCCAAUCGUCAGGUUGCAGCGCAUUUAGCGUGAUUUUUUCUCCACCAAGUGAAUCUAGUGUAAACCAAUAAAAAAAUGUCUCAACUGCCAGUGUACAAUCCUCCAUCGCCCUUCCUCGGAUAUAUGCCAGCCGGUCUCGGCCUGUACCGGAAGAUAGUCAUCCGAGGCAAGAUGACUCAUGACCAAUUCAACAUCAACCUUCAGGCUGGCCCGAACGUGAACCCCCGUGACGACGCCCCGUUGCAUAUCAGCAUCCGUCCGCGGGAUCAGGUCAUCGUGCGCAACACCUACCAGUUCCGCAGCUGGGGCAUCGAGGAACGGCACGGCGGAUGCCCGAUCCAGAAACGGUCCUACUUCGAUAUCCAGAUCACGGUCAAACCGGACACGUACAGCAUAACGGUCAAUGGGUGCUACUUUUGCGAGUUUAACCACCGCCAGCCGUACGCUUCGGUGCGUUUCGUCCACAUCGGCGAGGGUGCCCAGGUGGAUGCCAUCGUGAUGGAGUGAACGCGUGCGCGACGUUUAAUGGAUUGUGUUUACUAGCGAUAAGAUUGCCGACGCAAUAUAACGAUAAGAUAUAUGUAUGAUGAUUGAAUGUAAAUCCAAGCGUUUCGGGGAUUUUUGGUCGAUAAUAAUAUUUUAACAUUGCAACACAAACUUAUGCAACCGCCGGAUGUGUAAACGAUAUUGAACGUGAUUUACUACCAUGGAGAUGUCAUCGAAAGUAAAAAGUAUUUCAUAAAGUUCGUCUAUAAAACUGUUUUUAGUUUAUUUUUCUAUACUAUUUUUUUAUUUUGCAGUUUUAAGUUGUUCAAAGUCUUACCUGUUACGCUACAGAAAUAAAGUUUCGUAAUUUUACUUGGUAAUUGUGUGUUUGCUUGUCUUUAACUUUGCAUUAAUUUUCGAUUCCUAUUUCAAUUAAUGUGUUUCUGGUGCCUCUCAUUUUUUUGUGCUGUUGAAUUGAUGUUAUCUGUUCUUGCAAGGUGCUUUCUUACUUUCGUUUUUUUUAGUUAUUAUCAUUGUCUAUCCCUUGCAUGAUAUGGCACUUUUCCAAUACGUUCCUUGCUAAAUCUCGGAAAGAAAAAAUGACUUGACUAAUUCAGUUCGGUAAACAAUGGUAACGAUUUGAUUUUUUUGUUCAGUAAGGACGACGUUUUGAACGAAAAAUCUUCAACUGUCUACGGUUUAAUUGUUGAUAGUUGGGUGUAAAACGUUUUAAAAAACGUUUGAAUUGUAGUUGUUUUACAACUUUAACGACAUAAUUUGGAAAAUAUUUUAUUGAUAGGUUUUUUACUAUGUCAGUUCAAUAUUGUUUUAAAUUUGGAUUUGUUAAGGAAUUGAAUACUGGAAACACUGUUUGAUUUCUUGUGCGAUAUUGUCAUUGGGUAAUACUAUAUAAUAACUCGGAUAUUUUCGCUAUUUUGUAACGGGAAUUCAACUGAAAGCACUAUGAUUUGUAUCCAUUUCUAAAAUUUAAUGAAUAGAUUGAUGCAUUGCGAAUCAAAAAUGAUUGUUGUUUUCUGCAUUUCCAUGUAAAAGCACUUUUUAAUGUAUAUGUAAAUAAAUAACACCUUUAUAAGGCAAACAGUUUGAAAGGAAAUUCAAAAUGCAGAUCAUAAGUAACAAUGCAAUAACAAUCUACAUUGAUGAGAAUUUAUUUGUUUUUUUUUUCGUUGGAAAAUGGAGAUUUUUUUGAAAAGUUAUGAAAGCUAAUUAUAUGAAAUAAAGUCGCUCAAGAACUAUGUUUA